ACUCACUCAAAGAAGCGUCAUCUAGAGUCAGGCUGCGAACCUAGUUACUCCCUUUGACGCUAACUUCCAGUUACCCAAAACCACCUACGCUCGGCGGACAUCUUUACUUCGGGAAGGCCUCUCUGUGACUUUCUGCUUUUCGCUGCCGACGCCAGGCCUCGGUACUCUCCCUGUGGUCUCCCUUCCGUCACUUCCGGCGAGCCUCUCGCGGGUUCUGGGUUUUAGAGCGGCGGCUGCGACCGUGUCGAGGGAGCUCAGGGUUUCUAUUGUAAGAUUCACGAAGAGAAGCGGCGUCACCAAGUGCUGUCAGUCAUGUUCUCUUUCAACAUGUUUGACCACCCGAUUCCCCGGGUCUUCCAGAACCGCUUCUCCACGCAGUACCGCUGCUUCUCUGUGUCUAUGCUAGCGGGGCCUAAUGACAGGUCAGAUGUGGAGAAAGGAGGGAAGAUAAUUAUGCCGCCCUCAGCCCUCGAUCAGCUCAGCCGGCUCAACAUUACCUAUCCUAUGCUGUUUAAACUGACCAAUAAGAAUUCAGACCGAAUGACACACUGUGGUGUACUGGAGUUUGUUGCUGAUGAAGGCAUCUGUUACCUCCCCCACUGGAUGAUGCAGAAUUUGCUGUUGGAAGAGGGGGGCCUGGUUCAGGUGGAGAGUGUCAACCUUCAGGUGGCUACCUACUCUAAGUUCCAGCCUCAGAGCCCGGACUUCCUGGAUAUCACCAACCCUAAAGCAGUAUUAGAAAAUGCAUUGAGAAACUUUGCCUGUCUGACCACUGGAGAUGUGAUUGCUAUCAACUACAAUGAGAAGAUCUAUGAACUGCGGGUGAUGGAGACCAAACCUGACAAGGCUGUGUCCAUCAUUGAAUGUGACAUGAAUGUGGAUUUUGAUGCUCCCUUGGGCUACAAAGAACCAGAAAGACCAGUACAGCAUGAGGAGUCAAUAGAAGGAGAAGCUGACCACAGUGGCUAUGCUGGAGAAGUGGGCUUCCGUGCCUUCUCUGGUUCUGGGAAUAGACUGGAUGGAAAGAAGAAAGGGGUUGAGCCCAGUCCCUCCCCCAUCAAGCCUGGAGACAUUAAAAGGGGGAUUCCUAAUUAUGAAUUUAAGCUUGGUAAGAUCACUUUCAUCAGAAAUUCACGUCCAUUGGUCAAAAAGGUUGAAGAGGAUGAAGCUGGGGGCAGAUUUGUUGCUUUCUCUGGAGAAGGACAGUCGCUGCGGAAGAAGGGGAGAAAGCCUUAAGUCCAAAACUGUCGGCUGGCUGGAAAAUAAAGAUCGUUUGCAACACACUGGCUUAUAGUUACUGCCUCUGACAAGUUCAGAGAAUGCUUAUUUAUGGUUUGUUUAUAGAGUUACCUGCAAAACAGCAGAACAGGAGGUUGUGUGCUUAACUUGGGAAAGAGAAAUCGCUCUCAGGUCCCAUAGGUGGCCACCUCCUCUACUUCACGCAUUCUGCUCCAGGGCUCCCCCAGGCCUUGCAGACCAGUUCCUCUUCCUGCCUUGAUCUUCCUUCCUAGGUCAGCAUAGGGCAGUGUCUUCAGCAGAUUACAGCUACUCAGGCCAGGAGCUGAGUACCUGACAAAGAUGGUCUCUGCCUUUAUUUAUAGUCUUCAGAAGGGAUCUCAUCCAGACAAGUUCAUCCUCAUUUUGAUCUGCUGGCUGUCAGUGAAUUCCAUGGGGAAGCCAAAUGUGGAAGUUAGAAUGAAUAAAUGCUGAAGUUAUGCCCCCUAUUGCAAUUUUAUUUAUUACCCAAAGUUCUGAUAGUUUGUCUGUUUUUGAAUUAAAACCUCAUGAAUAUUAAGCAUGCCACAUACUCUGCCCAUUUUCUUACUGUUUUAUUGUCCUCACAUCUGCACUUUGUAUGAUGUAAGAUCUUUUGACAUGCUGAUCCAAUUAUUUAAAAUUUGUUCCUUGAGAAUAAUUCUUAUUCAAGAAUUAAAUAAACUGAUUAAAACU